AUGCACAAAAUGGCUGACCAUGAGAGCGGUUCUGAACCUACACUGGAGCAGUUGGACCAGGAAAUAACGCUGCAGCUGCAGAAGAUAGACUCAAACCUCAGCCACUGCUUUAAUAAGAUAACCAAGGAAAUCAUUCCCAACGUAACGCGUUACGGCACGGUGUGUGAUGAAGCACUAAAUUCUUGUAACUGGCUUAAAGAGAUGUUUCAGAAGAGUGCAAAUGUUCAGCUAAGUGAGGAGUUGCCGGAGAAUGAGCAGUCUGGUACGGCGGCACCCACUGAAUCCAUCUUUCCGCUUAUAAUGAAAGAUCCAGGCGUAAACAAGGAUUCUUCGGGCGUACUGUCUCCUCCUCCAAAGUUGGGGCGACAACCCGCAGCGGCGGCGGCCAAUGCCGCCGCCGCUUACAAGGAUAUGCAUGAUACCACGAACAUAACAACCACUGGUCAGGUACUUGAGAUCCCAGUAUCAAGCGACGACGACGACCAGAAUGCUGGCAAGAAGAACAUGGGCUCUACACGUAACUACCAUAAUGGGGGUACCAACAAUCCUAGCAGUGUACCGGCUGCUUCAGCCUCCGGCGGAGAUGAAAACGAAGGGGACAACGACGGCAGCACCAUCCAGAAACAGCGGAAGAAACGGAAGCUCUCGUUGAUGCUGCAGCAGCGCUACGGAUCGUCUUCGUCCUCGUUUGUAUCUCGUUCGCCAACGCUGCAAAGAACCAUUGCGAGGUCGUUUGAGGUUUCUGGCGUUGCCGCCAGCGCCGGCGGCAGUUCGGACAGGCCGGACAGGCCGGACAGCUCCCCACUCAAACACUACCGCGGUCCCGUACGCGAAUCUACAGGUGCCAACAGCGCCCACAAGCCUGAUGAGUCUACGAAAGAGGUGGCACCUGUACCGACAGUCAUACACUUCACCACCAAGUGA